CUCGCUCGCUCCGCCUCUCCACGCUACUGGAUACUUCCGAUGCCUGUUCCGCUGUUUCUCUUCUCCCGUGUCUUCUCCCGUUUACCUGCCGUGUGCGACUACUAGGAGGUCGCCGCCGCCGUACGCUCAGCUUCUCUGCGCCGGCGACAAGCACCCACCACACCAGCUACGCGGCUCCUCUGGUCCCCAUGAGCGCAGGCCACAAACUCACCUUCUCCCACGAACGGUGAAGCCGCGACGGCGCGACGACUCCACAGCCCCAGUCCUCCUCCACUCACCCCGCCGCAUUCCCAUCAGCGGCCGGCCACCGCCUUUCUCCUGCGCGUGUGGCUGCGGUCUGCCUCAGUAGCUAGAGCAGCAUAGUCGCACAUCCAACCCCUGCAACCCCGUCCGUGGGCUUCCCCAUGUGCUGUGUGGCACUACGGUAGCCGACCCUCAGCAGAUCUUGCGCAGCUGUCCUCACCAGUCGCCAACGGCCUCCUCGCCCAGUCGACCUUCUCGGAUAGCACCCCUCGACAGCACCCAAGCAACCGACCGAAAUGAGCAGUGACUCAGUUAGGUGAGCCUAACAGCUUAAGCGCCCAAACGCAAGAUUGUGUUUAUUGGAUUUGAGUGUCUGAUUGUGUCAGUCAAAUUUGAGUUCAUCACAUCCAGCCCCCGCAACCCCGUCCGUGGGCUUCCCCAUGCGCUGUGUGGCACUACGGUAGCCGACCCUCAGCAGAUCUUGCGCGGCUGUCCUCACCAGUCGCCAACGGCCUCCUCGCCCAGUCGACCUUCUCAGACAGCACCCCUCGACAGCACCCAAGCAACCGACCGAAGUGAGCAGUGACUCAGUUAGGUAAGUUCAGAGAUAAUGUUUCAUUUUUUCUACGAAUUUUAUGAAUACAUGCUCCUCUUAUAUGAACUGCAACUAUCUCUACCCUAGAACAGACAUCAACAUGUACAUGACUAUUAAAUUUCCUGUUACAUUGUUCUACCUAUAUUGUAACAAAUGUCCUUUCACUGUUGUCAUUAUGUCAACUUAGUUAAUUAUAUGGGCACUAAUAUAUUUUUUAUUUAUAAAUACACCAACAAUUUACGAGGAGCUGCGCCCAUUCGUUUUCAAAAUUCUAAUUGUAAUGUCCACUUCUUCAGUAGGUAAGUUCAGAAAUAAUGUUUCAUUUUUUCUACGAAUUUUAUGAAUACAUGCUCCUCUUAUAUGAACUGCCACUAUCUCUACCCUAGAACAGACAUCAACAUGUACAUGACUAUUAAAUUUCCUAUUACAUUGUUCUACCUAUAUUGUAGCAUAUGUCCUUUCACUGUUGAUUUGUUCGCUUCACACAAAAAAUAGUGAACGUCGAUUCCAGCCCAAACUUUCGUUUGGUCCACCCAGUCUUGCUGUAGACACUGUAGUUAAAAUGCUCUACCAACUUUAUUCAGGUCUCUUAUUCCUAGACCUGCAAUCUCCUUUGCCAUGGUCGAUUUCAAUAAUUUAAAACAUGUUGAUAAUGAGUGCCAUAUAUAUUCUUAGCGACUCUUGAUCAAGUUCAUAUAUGAAUGAAUCACAGAUUCACAGUGUACGGAAGGGAGCCACUUAAUACUUAGUAAAACACCAUCAGGUAACCACUUUGUAGUUCAAGUGAGCUGAAUCGCCCAAAUUCAAGAUAGUGUAUCUCUACAUGCUAGUAUGAUUUCUUUAAAUAUGCAUUGUGUGAGUAUAUGCUAGAUCACAAUCUUUUACUUUCACAAUAGGUUCUUGCUGUCAGUGACCACAAUUUGGUUUAGUUACAAUGACUAUAGCAUGACCUUUACGAUCAUGCCCUCAAGCAUCCAGUUUUUUUUACCAUAUGGAUAUGUGUGGAUACAAUAGCAGUUAGUUUUAUUGUCUAUCCCAAUUAAGAAUGGCCACAAUGUAGCAUUUGAUUGACAUACACCUCUAAUAUAUCGUACAUAAGCAAGAAUAUGUGAAUACAGUAGCGGUUUGUUUCAUUACCUGAAUUUAUUUAUUAAGAAUGGCCAUAAAAAAGGGUGUUUCGUUACCUAUAUAUGAACACAUACUACACUAUAUACAAAUUCAAACCAAGUGUAACUCUGGCAUAUUGUUUCUAAAAACACUAACCGUUAGUUCAUGUGAUGUUCAUCCUCUUUGAGAUUUCAUCAGACUGUGUUUCUAACAAUGGACAAAAAAGGAAUAACUAAUGAGUUCAAACAAUACUAUUAUGUCCUUCACUAGGAAACUGGUCAGUACAUAGUUUGCCUCUUUAUAUAUAAUAUAAAUUUAACAAUGCAAUUUAUAGCUUCUUUCUCCGAUAUAUACAAGCUAAAAAAAUAAGUGUUCAACUGUGUAGGAACAGUGAGAUCAAUGAUUCAAUGCCUGCACCUAGAUAUGACAUGUGGUGAUUCUGUUGACUGUACUUUAAACUCAAGUUGUGAACAACUAAACUCAAACUAUGAGUAAUUCAUUGUAACAUAUAACUGUUGUCUUUUUUACAAUGUUCACUAUUGUCUUGUGCAUGUAUCGGGUUUGUUAUGCUCCUAGAACCUUCGUAGCGACAGCCGCCGAACCUCGUGGCGCAAAAACAAUUUUUUUUUUGAAAAACAGGUAUUAUGCUGGUAAAGGCUUAUGUGGCUGUAGACAUGUUCAACUAAUAUCUUUUUUCCGCAUAUUUGUCAAUGAUCCAAUUUGUUAUUUUCAAACUUUAUUUACCAUGAAGAUUACUAAUUGUAUAUUGUUAUAAUUCAAGUUUGGUUAUAUCCCUUCAUCAUAUAAAAAGUAUCCUACAAUCAAAAAUUACGCGCGCUGGGCGCGCGCCAACCACUAGUAUCAUUUAAGAGAAAGCAAGUUCGAUACUACAAGGACUCACAAGCCACACUUUUGAGGGCCAUUUCUUCUUUACUAGAUUGAAUACUUGCACUGGCCAGUUUAAUUUACCAUAAAAUUCCUCUAUAUAUUUCACUUGUAUGCAUGCUGUCGCGAUCAUUCUCCUUUGUCUAGUGCUGUGAUUUUACAAGGAAGCUAGACAGUAGUCGUAUUACCGUUUGCAUUCUCGGUUUGAGGCAACCGAAUUCCCUUUCCAACUUAAUUUCCAAAGCUGCAUCCAAACCUCCUUUGCAAAUAGGCACAAAAAUGCACCGUCGUUAAUCGCUAUUAAUCACACAAAACAUACGUUGGAAUUUGGAUUGUAUUGCUACUUUUUGUAUCUUCAAGCUUGUCUGCUGUGAUAUCCUUGCCUGAACCAAGAGCCAAGGGAUAAUGGUUUUUUGAAAAGAAAAAAAAAUUAAAUGUGAAAGAGGGCAAAAGAAAAUUUCGGCCACGUGAACCACAUCUUCCUUCGCCACAUCCGGAGCUCAUGUUUAUUAACUGCCACGAGCCCACAAACGUGGCGCGCCCUGCGCCGUACGAUGCCACAGUAGCCUAUAUUUUACACUUUCCCAAACCAAAAACUAUCCUGUCUGUCUUAAUCCCGUUCCAAUCGCUGUUACCUGAUAAUUACCGCAGCGAUCGAAACGAACCAGCCUCAAACCCAUUUCCUUCCCGUGCUUCCUUGUUCCUCCUCAUCCCAAAAUUCGCAAGCGCCGAUUCCAAUCAGGAAACCGGAAACCUUUCUUCCUCCGCAAUUCAAUCCGGCGGGCCCCGAAGCCGGCGCCAAUGGCGGCCGCCGCCAUCUCUCACCUCCGCCGGGGCGCGCAGCACCACGCAGUGCUAUGCAUCUCGCUGUCGCGCCGCCGCUUCUCCUCCUCCGCCGUGGCCGCGGCCUCCCCGCUCGCCGCGGCCGCGCGCCGCCUCCUCUCCACGACGGCAGACUCCGCCACCGCGUCCACGUCGGGGGAGCACUACAAGCCGCCGCCCUUCGACCCCUUCCGCGCCGCCACCCUAUCGCCCUCUGCUCCGCCGCUAGAGUCGGCCCGGCUCGAGGAUGAGCCCCCGAGCAGUCCGCCGCCGCAGGAUGAGGCGGCCGCGUCCGUGGCGGCGCACGAGCAGGCGACGCUGGCCUGCCAGGAGCUGGAAUUGGAGGGCCUCAAGGCGGGGGUGGAGGCGGUGAAGAGCAGGGAGGAGUCGCCGGAGGAGAAGGAGGCGUGGUGGCUGCUCAGCCGAGCGGUCGUCAACUACUGCGGUAGCGCCGUCGGGACGGUGGCCGCGAACGAUCCGUCCACCAGCCAGAUGCUCAAUUAUGACCAGGUGUUCAUUAGGGACUUCGUGCCAUCGGCCAUCGCGUUCCUCCUCAAGGGUGAGAGCGAUAUUGUGAAGAACUUCCUGCUCCACACGUUGCAGCUCCAGAGUUGGGAGAAGACUGUGGAUUGCUAUAGUCCUGGUCAAGGGUUGAUGCCUGCUAGUUUCAAAGUUAGAUCUGUACCUUUAGAUGGCAAUAGCGAAGCAUUUGAGGAGGUUCUUGACCCAGAUUUUGGAGAGUCAGCUAUUGGACGUGUAGCACCUGUUGACUCUGGUCUUUGGUGGAUAAUUCUGUUAAGGGCAUAUGGAAAAAUUACUGGAGACUAUGCUCUACAAGAAAGGGUUGAUGUGCAGACAGGCAUCAGGCUAAUACUGAAUUUGUGCUUGUCUGAUGGAUUUGACAUGUUUCCUACAUUGCUUGUAACUGAUGGAUCAUGUAUGAUUGAUCGGCGGAUGGGAAUCCAUGGUCAUCCUCUGGAGAUCCAGGCUCUGUUCUAUUCUGCUUUACGCUGUGCCCGAGAAAUGAUUGGGGUAACCGAUGGAUCCAAGAACUUGAUCCGUGCUAUUAACAACAGGCUCAGUGCUCUGUCAUUUCACAUCAGGGAGUAUUAUUGGGUUGAUAUGAAGAAGAUAAAUGAGAUUUAUCGCUAUAAGACUGAGGAGUAUUCCCAUGAUGCUAUUAACAAAUUCAACAUCUACCCAGAGCAAAUUCCAUCUUGGCUUGCAGACUGGAUUCCUGUGAAAGGCGGUUACCUUAUAGGCAAUCUGCAGCCAGCUCACAUGGAUUUCAGGUUUUUCUCCCUAGGGAAUCUGUGGGCGAUUGUCUCAUCUCUUGCUACUCAAAGGCAAGCAGAGGGUAUUCUGAACCUUAUUGAAGCCAAAUGGGAUGACAUAGUAGCCAACAUGCCUCUUAAAAUAUGUUACCCUGCACUAGAGUAUGAGGAAUGGCGUAUCAUCACUGGCAGUGAUCCCAAAAACACGCCCUGGUCGUAUCAUAAUGGUGGAUCUUGGCCUACAUUGUUAUGGCAGUUCACCUUGGCUUGUAUCAAGAUGGGUAGGCGUGACUUGGCACGGAGGGCAGUUGAGGUGGCAGAAAAGAGGCUCUCAGAUGACAAGUGGCCAGAGUAUUAUGACACCAGGACAGGAAGGUUCAUUGGGAAGCAAUCACGGCUAUAUCAAACUUGGAGCAUUGCUGGAUAUCUUAGCUCUAAGAUGUUAUUGGACUGUCCGGAGAUGGCAUCCAUACUAGUAUGCGAUGAAGACUUCGAGCUGCUGGAAGGUUGUGCUUGCAGCUUGAAUAAGAAUGCUCGCACCAAAUGCUCACGUCGUGCGGCCAAGUCGCAGGUUCUUGUGUAGUUCCAUGCCUGUUCUUGACCCAAAAGCUGCAACGCUCCUUCAACUUGUUGUAAUUGUUCGUCACAGAAGCUGGCACUAGUUACUAGUUACUUAAGCAGAAUGAUCACAAACCACCUAUGCCGAUUUUUUUGGCGAGUUCGUGGUUGAUCCAUUUAUACAGGAGUAUAUGUUGUUGUCUGUACAUUUUAUCUAAUGGAUUUUAUGUAUCCUGCUGGUCAACUCAAGUUGAUUGGUAGUUUUUUUUAUGUAAGCAGACAGCAUGUAAAUAUCACCGCUCGUUACAAGUGUACUAAAAGAGUCAUGCUCUUGUGACCCGACAA